AUGGUAGCGGCUAAUGAAGGUUUGGGAAGCGCAACAAUGAUUGAUUGGGUAAAAAGCGUGGUUAUAAAGGUAUCUCUCUGUGUUUUACUACACCUCGGCGCAUCUCAUGCCUCCAAUCCACUUCCCGAGACCACAAUUCUCUCUGCUCCAUGGGCCCCACAACUCAUCCAUAUUAUACCUGUCACCCUGCGUACCAGGAUUUCCAACCUCACCGCCCACUACUAUCACCACACGUGUCUCAAGCUGAUGUCAUGCCCCCACUUUUCCACGUGCUCCCAGGGGUGGGGUCUCUUCAUGAUUAAUUCUGCUUCGUUUUCUCUCUGUUCUGGGGAAUAUGCUAGUGAGUAUGGUCAUUUGUCCAAGCAAUCUUGUGUUGGUUUUCUCCGCAAGGGCCUUGCUUUUGCACCUUCAAUCAUUGAACAUGGUGAACUUCUCACAGUGGUGAAUGAAAUGGAUUUGCAUUCUCUCUAUCUCCUUGGGGUUGGUUUUGCUUUGCCUAUCAACAAUGCCGGUAAACCUCCGUCUGAAGGAGUGGAGUGCAGCUUUGAUAACUCCAGAGGGUAUGUUUCCCUUCCACUCUGUGAUAACACAUCUCCCAAUUUGAAAAUCAUGAUGUCCAUGACAUGUUUAAACUCAAUUGUUUCUCCUCUUCUCCUGUCACGGAUAUGUCAGGGUAAGAUGGACACAACAAGAGCCCUUCUAUUGGGGGAUAAAUUAUCAGCAAUUACAAUAAGGGUCUCACUGAAGAAAAGUUGUAUCCAAUGCGCAAUUGUCAGAUCCAAAUUUAGCCCAAAAGGUGGUGGCCCCAUGGAGAAAAAAGGGAAGAAGACAACAGGAAAGAAAGAUCACCACUUGUGGAAACGUAGAGAUUCAGCUCAGUCUGGCCAAAAGGCACUCACUCUUGUUAGAACUGUUUCUAAACUCCCUAAUGAGAAAGAAGCUGUUUAUGGGGCAUUAGACAAAUGGACAGCAUGGGAAACAGAGUUCCCAGUGAUAGCAGCAGCUAAGGCUUUAAAAAUCUUAAGGAAAAGGGGUCAGUGGGUUCGUGUAAUUCAAGUAGCAAAGUGGAUGUUAAGCAAAGGUCAAGGAGCAACGAUGGCAACCUAUGAUACCCUUCUUCUGGCAUUUGAUAUGGACCAGAGGGUAGAUGAGGCUGAAUCAUUGUGGAAUAUGAUCAUACAUACCCACAUGCGCUCUGUCUCCAGAAGACUGUUUUCUAGGAUGAUCUCGAUAUAUGAUCAUCAUGAUAUGCCGAAUAAGAUCAUAGAGGUAUUUGCAGACAUGGAGGAGUUGCGGGUAAAACCUGAUGAAGAUACGGUCAGGAGAGUGGCAAGAGCCUUUAGAGAAUUGGGCGAAGAGGAGAAGCGAAAAUUGGUGAUAAAACGAUAUGGGAUUAAAUGGAAGUAUAUUCACUUUAACGGUGAACGCGUGAGAGUUAGAACAGAAGCAUGGGAAGAUAAUGAAUCAACCAAUUGA